AAGAGUAGGCUGGACAUAUAUAGAGCCAGACAGGUACCAAAGGGGCUAAACUAAAGUAAUUGAAAGCAGGCAGCCGCCGCAAAAAAAGCGGGGCUGUCAAUCCAAGAGGGAAGAGCGAGAGAAAGACAGAGAGGCAGAAAGCUAGACAGUGUGUGUCAGAGAAAGAGAGAGAGAGAGAGAGAGAGAGAGAGAGAGAGAGAGAGAGAGAGAGAGAGAGAGAGAGAGUACACAGCAGGGGUGGGGGGGAGACUUGAGCAUUUAUUGGAGGGGAAAGUGAAGUGCUCGGGCUGUGUGCCGUGCUGUGCUGUGCUGGACAGUGUUGAGUGGAGCAAAGCGGAGGGUUGAGUCAGGCUGAACUUGCUGUGCUGUCAGGCAGGGCAGGCACCCUGAUUACUGAUUGUGUUUUAUAUCCAGGGCCAGAGGGGGGCUUUUCUUGUUGUGCUCCACUCUUCUCCUUCUCUCUGUGUGUUUGCCUCUCCACUCCGGAGAUCCCACUGUUGCAGCUGGACAGACUGAGCUGACUUAAGCGUUUUUUUUCUUCAGUAGAAGAGAAAGAAAAGAGGGAAAGAAAGAGAGAGAGAGAGAGAGAGACUCGGAUCUUGUCCAGACCCGUGGACUCAUAACAAGCGUUGCAGUGUCUCCUUGCCAGGAGUUUAGACAGUUGUUCAAAGUGUGCACCGCCAGGGGAGAGCAGGAAGCUAAGCAAACCUCCACAACCUACUCUGGGAGGUGUGUGUCUGAGCGCAAAGCGAACAAGCAAGCGAAGGAGAGAAUUAGAGAAGGAGGGAGUGUGUGCACGGUGGAUGUCAGCGGCUACUGCCUCUAAGGACUAUUGUGUGGUGUGUGUUUGGAUCCCCUCUGACUCGCUCUGUGUGUGAGAGAGUGUGUGGGAGUGUGUAUGCUCACUCACUCGCUCUGUCCGUCCAGCCGCUCACCCCUUGAGUGUGUGUGUGAGAGAGAAAGCAAGCGAGUGAGUGAGUGAGUGAGGUGCUGGAAAAGAGUAGCUGCACUAGCGAGGUGGGAUUCCCCACCCCAGCUCUCAUCCACACCCACACCCACCACCCACCACCCCAGUCUGUCUGCCCUGCCCUGCCCUGCCCUGCCCUGCCCUGAUCUACCCUGCCCGUCCGCCCUCCCACCAGGCACAGACGCUUACCAGACGGCCAGACGACACGAGGCACAAGCUCCGCAAGUAGGUGCUUUCCGAUCCAAAGACAACAGCAGCCUAAGCAGCAGCAGCAGCAGCAGCAGCAAACGGUAGUUCGAGAGAUCAACUGAGAACUCAAGAGACAGGCUUUUAAGGAGCAUCACAGCAUCACUGUGGUAGAGGACGGAUAAUCUGCUGCGGUUAGAAACGGGGAUACAAAACAGAGGGAAAUAGGAGAAAAACGACGAACAAAACUGACCCAAAACAAAACAAGGAUAAGUGACUGUUUCCAUCCAUUGGGCGUCCAGUGGUGAGCGAACACUUUUGACCUCACCUCUGUCUCACCUCCACUGCUGUUUGUGUCUUCAGUUUGUUCUCUGGACUUCUCGUGUCUGUGGAGGACAGCCACUGUGGUGCGAAGAGGACCUGCGCACAGAAUCGGAGUAGAGAAAAUUUCCGGAGAAGCAAAACAUUGAACGAAAUUCAUUUGGACGUACCGUAGCGAGGAAAGGAGUCCGGAGAAAACCGACUAAAGACCAAAAGGGAAAACAAACACAAACAAAAAACAAAGACGUUGGGCGAGUAGAGAACGAAAAAAAACAAACAAACAUGGAGGCUCUGUGGCUCACGUUGGCACUGGCGCUGUGCUGCGCGCUGGCGGGCAGCGCGGGCGUGGGCGCCCUGUCCACCUGCAAGACGCUGGACCUGGAGCUGGUGAAGCGCAAGCGCAUCGAAGCCAUCCGCGGCCAGAUCCUCAGCAAGCUGCGCAUGGACAAGGAGCCCAAGCCCGAGGAAGGGGAGGGCGGAGGCGGAGGCGGAGGAGAGGAGAGCGGCGGCUCAGAGCAGGCGCAGGAGGAGAGCAUCCCGGCGGCGCUGCUGUCCAUCUACAACAGCACGCUGGACCAGAAUGCCGAGCGGCAGGCGUCGGUGCCAGAGCUCACGCCGCAGCUGGAGGACGAGGACUACUACGCCAAGGAGCUGCACAAGUUCGACAUCAAGAACAACGUCACGUCGUCCGCCACGCAGGGUGACGACACGACCUCCAAGCUGCUGUUCAGCGUCAAGGACAUGCUGGAGAAGAUGAGCGCCGCCCUGCUGACGAGCGCCGAGCUGCGCCUGCCCAUCAGUAAACCCUCCAUGAAGGAUGAGCAGCGGCUGGAGCUGUACCGCGUGUUGCCCGGCACCAAGACUCGCUACCUGGGCUCGCGCUUCGUCAACAACAGCAUGAACAACGCCUGGCUCACCUUCGACAUCACCGACACCGUCCGGGAAUGGCUAGAGGACAGAGCUACGGAAGAGCAAGAACUGCUGAUCAAGCUCCACUGUCCCUGCGGGGAGACAAAAGCCAUCUCCCGACAGUUUUUCAUCCCAGGCGUCAGUGCCACGCGCGGCGACAUGAUGGCGGUAGCAGGUCAGAACAAGAAGAAGCCUCACAUCCUGACCAUGUCUCUGCCUCGAGACGGCUCGUCGUCCAACAAGCGCAGGAAGAGGGCCACCCCCACAUCGGAGUUCUGCUCCGACACAAGUGACACCUGCUGCGUGCGCCGGCUCUUCAUCGACUUCCGCAAUGACCUGGGCUGGAAGUGGAUCCAUAAGCCCAAGGGUUACUACGCCAACUACUGCGUAGGCUCCUGCACCUACAUCUGGACCACAGAGGACAAGCACUCGCAGAUCCUGGCCCUGUAUAAGCACCACAACCCCGGGGCGUCUGCCCAGCCCUGCUGCGUCCCCCAUGUCCUGGAGCCCCUCCCCAUCAUUUACUACGUCGGCCGGCAACAUAAGGUGGAGCAGUUGUCCAACAUGAGCGUGAAGAGUUGCAAGUGCAGCUAAGCGACAGAGGAAAAGACGUGGCCCGAGUAUUUACGCAAACAACUACCUGCUGCCACUGCUACCAGACACACACACACACACACACACACACACACACACACACACACACACACACACACACACACACACACACACACACAUACGGAAAAGACAAUCCACAUGUAUAAUUUGCUGCACAGUAUGCCCCCCCCAUGUGCAGCUAUAUGAAUAGAGUGCUAACAGCACCCAGGCCUUGGGUUUAAACUCCCAUGAAGCCUAGUUGUAGUCGUCAAAAUGGCCGCCUGACAGGUAGUUGUGGCAGAGGCUCCCCUGGAUGCAAGCAUCCUAUUAAUGAAAAUGAAAAAAACAAUAGGAAAAAAACUUUCCAUGAAACACACACAAAAAAAACACAAACUAUCACACACUCAUACACAGAGACACACACGUGCUGAAUUUACUCCAUCAUGGAGUGGCAGUCUGUGGCAGAACCAAAGAAGAAGAUGGGAGGAUGGAGAAGAGGAGGAGCGGAAGCCUCAGAGAGAGAGA